ACAUUAGAAUUUUGUUCAUUUCGAACAGAAUCAAUGACAGCAUAAUUUAGCAUCGUUUUCUGUCAAUUUGGUUUUGUUCCUGUGGUUAGAACUUGGGAGUGGUGGCUGCAUUCCAUUUUUCUCCCUUUUGAAGAAAAGAUGGCACUGACUUUGAAAGAGGAGGAUGCAGCUGAUUGGGUUUACAGAGGAGAAGGAGCUGUUAAUCUUGUGCUCGCUUACGCUGGAUCCUCUCCUUCUUUUAUUGGGAAAGUGAUCCGCUUACGUAAGGCUCCGAAUAAUGGAUUGGAGUCAAAUGGUGUGAGUGUGAGGAAUAGCAUAGCUUUGACUCCUCAAGAACGUAUCCUCUGGAAAAAUGUGGAUCAACUUAUUUCCUCUUCUGACAAGGAAAUCGUUGGUCAACUAUAUGUGGAGCAUGUCAUGAAGCCCUUACUUGGUUCCAACUAUGUUGAUGCUGGGAUGCACAUCCUGGUGACCAGGGAAUUCCUUGAGUUGGUUGAGAAAAUGUUAUUGGUCAACGUCCUGUGUGGCGAGUUGAUGCUGCGCGGGUUGAUACAGAGUGUGAUUUUGGCCUUUUCAUGUCCGAUCAUUCACUUUUUGCUCAUGAAAGUAGUAGUAUGUUUAACUUAA